GGCUCUUAUAAACACAACAAACACAAACCAGAAGCUGCUGGGGCCGUCACAUAUUAUAAUAAUAAUAUAAAAAUAAAACUACAAUAUUAAGCUAUGGUGAAGAGCAUCAAAAAAGCAUCUUUACCUCUAAUAGGUAGCUUACACCAGUUCACAGAAAUUGAUGUGGUGGAAGUACGAGAGAGACUUUUAAAGUGGUAUGAUGCCAAUCACCGUGUGUUACCAUGGCGGUCAAUUGCUGCCACUGAGCCUGACCGCAGUAAGAGAGCAUAUGCAGUUUUGGUAUCGGAGAUAAUGCUGCAGCAGACUCAAGUUAGCACAGUCAUCGGAUAUUUUGACACAUGGAUGAAAAAAUGGCCAACAGUGGAAGAUUUGGCCAGUGCUACCUUAGAGGAGGUAAACCAGAUCUGGGCUGGUUUAGGCUACUACUCCCGGGCACGAAGACUUCAUGAAGGCGCAGUGAAGAUUGUGAAGGAACUGAAUGGUGAAUUUCCAAAUGAUCGUGAUUCACUUAUUCAUCAGCUGCCUGGCGUAGGUCGCUACUCAGGUAGUGCAGUAGCUUCCAUUGCUUUGGGAUGCGCUGUUGGUGUUGUUGAUGGAAAUGUUAAUCGUGUCUUGGCACGUGUCAGAGGGAUUGGUGCAGACAUUAAUAUUCAGUGCCUUCACUAUGAAAAUAUUUGCAGCCUUGGUGUUCAAAUUACCCCGCAAGGCUCAAAAACUCAGUAACAGGAAUCAUCAGCUGGAUAAUUCUGCGAAAAAAAAUUUGACAAAAUGCUCUUGGUUCAGCGCCCCAGAACAGGUUUGUUAGCCAAUUUAUGGGAGUUUCCUAGCAUAGGCCUGUCAGAAAAUGGUGCUCAAGACAAAGAUGUGACUGAGGAACUAGUGAGCCCAGUUUUCUCUACCACACACUGCUGCUUCUUCGAGAACUUUUGUUCUGAUGUUAUCCAUAUUUUCUCACAUAUUAGGCAGACAUACAAGAUUAUGUGGAGUAAAAUAAAGGUUGGAUGUGAAAAGGGGUUGACUUGGCCAUCAAGAUAUCAAGGAGGUCAGUGGAUGACUAAAGAAGAAUUCCUUGCCUCUGCUACAUCAACUGCAUGA